AUGUGCAAUGAGGUCCCAGCACCUGUUGUCAUCCUCCUGCUGCUGCUGCUGAUACAAGACGCCAGCGUUGCGUACCACCACGACUCCGUGAAGCUGAUCAAGUUCGCGGACGACACCACCCUCAUUGGACUCAUCUCCAACAACGAUGAGUCCGCCUACAGGAGGGAGGUGGACCGGCUGGUGUCCUGGUGCAGUGGUAACAACCUGGAGCUGAACGCCCAGAAGACAGUGGAGAUGAUUGUGGACUUCAGGAAGAGCACUGUCCCCCCGCCCCCACCCUCCGUGAUGGACUCCCCCAUCACCUCUGUGGAGUCCUUCCGUUUCCUGGGCACCACCAUCACCCAGGACCUCAAGUGGGAGCCGACCAUCAGCUCCCUCAUCAAGAAGGCCCAGCAGAGGAUGUACUUCCUGCGGCAGCUCAGGAAAGCCAAGCUGCCUGCACAGAUGUUGGUGCAGUUCUACACGGCCAUCAUCGAGUCCAUCCUCACCUCCUCCAUCACCGUGUGGUUCGCUGGAGCCACAGUCAGGGACAAACAGAGACUACAGCGCAUUGUGCGCUCUGCAGAGGAAGUGAUCGGCCGCAGCCUUCCAUCGCUGCAGGACCUACAUCAAACAGGCCGGCAGUCUUCAGCCGCAAGGAUGUUUGACCCUGUGGGGAUAUCACCAAUGAGUGCAGACUGGUUCUGGACAUGUGGAGCCUGUGUAAACAUACCAGCAGAGGACGACCCAGUGCUUUGA